AUGAAAAAUAAAACUUACAAUGUUGUCAGUAGCGAGGGAAGCGGUGGAGACGGAAAUUCUCCUAGUCCACCACCAUCGCCAAGGCGUCAGACUAGCGGUUUCUCUCAAUGUCGUCGGCGGCUCCGCUCGAAGGUUCAGUUACAGUAUUUCCGCAAAGACAGUUUAGCUGCCGGAAUUUUUGUCCGGCGGAAUAUACAGUUCCUGCUGCUCUUGUUCUUUCUCUACUUUUCUGGUUUGCUGAUGUGCGUGGGCCGGUUCUCGGAUUUCCUGCGUCACUCUCGCGAGCCUAUUGCGAUCUAUAAAAGCCAUCUCUUGUUGGAGAAGCUUUGGCACGAUAUCGAGACUGACAAUUCUACUGCUCUCGAGCUAUCUUCUGUAUGGCAAUUCAAAAGGAGAAUGAAAGUGCAGAAACCUUGUCCCAUGCCAACUGCUAGACGGCAUUUGGGCUCAGUUGAAGUGUCAUCUGGCCCAACCGGUUACUUAAUUGUUGAGGCAAAUGGGGGUCUGAACCAACAACGCUCUGCGAUCUGCAACGCAGUUGCUGUAGCUGGAAUUUUGAAUGCAGUUCUGGUGAUCCCUAGUUUUGGUUACAACAGUGUCUGGAAGGAUCCAAGUGAAUUCAGAGACAUAUAUGAUGAAGAUCAUUUUAUAUCAACUCUUGAGGGUUAUGUGAAAGUGGUUAAAGAGUUGCCUGAUGAAUUAAUAUCGAGAUACGACCACAAUAUUACUAAUAUUCAACACCUCCGUGUUGAAGCAUGGGCUCCUGCUAAACAUUAUAUAGGAAAAGUUUAUCCUGUCCUGCAGGAGCAAGGGGUCAUCCGGAUUGCACCCUUUGCCAAUAGAUUGGCUAUGGAUGUCCCAUCUCAUAUUCAAUUGCUUAGGUGCAUAACAAAUUAUAGAGCAUUGAGGUUCUCUUCUCCUGUAACAACUUUAGCACAGAAAUUAGUAAACCGAAUGACGGAGAGGAGCUCAAUGACUGGUGGAAAAUAUGUUUCUGUUCACCUUCGAUUUGAGGAGGAUAUGGUGGCCUUCUCAUGCUGUUUGUAUGGCGGAGGAGAUGCUGAAAAGAUUGAGAUGGAUUCAUUUCGGGAAAAAGGGUGGAAAGGGAAGUUCAAAAGAAAAGAUAUUGACUUCGCAGCUGGACGUAAUCGUAUAGAUGGAAAAUGCCCUCUAACACCCUUGGAGGUUGGGAUGAUGCUGCGUGGCAUGGGAUUUGAUAACAACACUUCGAUAUAUUUAGCCUCGGGGAAAAUAUACAAAGCAGAACAACAAUUAGCUCCUUUACUGAAGAUGUUUCCUCUUCUUUACACCAAGGAGUCUCUUGCAACCUCAGAUGAGCUUGCUUCUUUUCUGGGCUAUUCUUCGAGGCUGGCAGCUUUGGAUUACACUGUAUGCUUGUUCAGUGAGGUUUUUGUGACUACUCACGGUGGAAACUUCCCACAUUUUCUGAUGGGUCACCGUAGAUUCCUUUUUAAUGGGCAUGCAAAGACCCUUAAGCCUGACAAACGCACGCUUGUUGGUCUACUUGAAAACAUGACAAUCAGCUGGAAGGACUUCAAGGAUGAUAUGGAAGCAAUGCUUCUUGAAAGUGAUCGCAAGUCGAUGAUGAUUCCUAGACUUGACUUGUUUUCUUCAGCGGUUCUUUCAGCAAUUCAGCCCGUUCUCAUGGAUUGUUAUGUGCAAAAGCAGAUGGCAGUUACAGUUGUCAUGGGGAGAUGCGUGGAUAGUGAUUUUGAUCUUUCGAUGAAUUCUUCUGAUGGUGUACUUUUCGCGCAAGACUGCAUCCGAAUUAUUCUCUGCAUUGAUUGA